AUGAAAAGCCUGAUUAGUGUAAUUUCGAUUGUAGUAUGCGUGGUGAUUCUUGCCUCGUUGAAAAGCCAUCUCAUUCUAUCUGUGCAACAAAUUGAGCAUUACCCCGAUCGUCUGAUCCAGGCAGGAAGUAACAUGUCCUACUACUCUGAAAAGCACGGUCCUAGCUUGCGGCAUUACCCUGGAAAAGGAAACUCGACUCUGGGAAGAAGAGACGGAAGAUUCACGGUGAUUAUUGUCUCAUUUAACGAGGAGCUUUUGGAAAAGACAGUGAACAAUGUUCUGGAGAAUACGGAUCCGAAAUAUCUUAAGGAAAUUCUGAUUAUUGACGACCUUUCAGAUGUACCAGUUCAAUGGAAUCCAAACGAGACUCUUGUUCGCAUUAUUCGCACUGAUCGCCGGAUGGGUUUGAUAGGUGCUCGGUACAUUGGGGGAAAUAACGCGCGCGGAGAAUAUCUUGCUUUCAUCGAUGCUCACGUGUAUGUGGGGCCGAACUGGCUGAAAACCCCGAAGCGUCUCAUCGAGGAGGAUCCCAAAACGGUGGUGAACUAUAUCAACUUCAAUUUGGACAAGGAGCAUUUCGUUCCGUUCCCCGUCUGGAAGGGCAUCGGCAGUUCCGCUACCAUCCGCAUGGAUCUGAGGCAGAUCUGGGGCGGAGGCUCACGGAAGGAUCCUUACUCGCCGAUCACAAUGGGCAUGUUCGUGAUCAGCAAGUACUGGUGGAACCAGGGCGCGAUGGACCCGGAUCUUCGCACAUGGGGCGGCGAGAACGUGGAGAUCUCCUUCCGAACGUGGCUGUGUGGAGGAAGAAUCGUAGUGGCGAAAGAUUCGUUCGUGGCCCACGGGUUCCGAACCAAGUUCCCCUACCCGGUGAACGGAAAUGAUGUUGUCCGAAACUAUGUUCGAAUUGCGCAUGUCUGGAUGGACGACGAGUACUUGCAGCUUUUCUACAAUGCCAGCAGCCUUAACGAAAGAAGGGUGGAAAAGCUCAAUAUUGGAGAUAUUUCGGAGCGCUUGGAGCUGAAGAAGCGUCUCAACUGCAAACCUUUUUCUUGGUAUGCCGAGAAGUUUAAGGGUCGCGCACUGUGUCUUCCCAGUAAUAUUAUUUUUGGAUAG